AUGCGAAGGAUACCAAGCCAGCAGCUCUCCCUCCCCCGUGACGCUCAAGGGGGCAAAGGAGAUGCUUGGCGCUGCCGUUUCCUGCCACAAAAGAAACGGCGGGCUGCCUCAGAGGGGGGCCCCCUCGCGAGAGGCGGAGUACAGCAGUGCGCAUUGGAAAAAGGCGUUCUUCUUCGGCAGCUAUCUGCGAGAGACGAAGGAAGACUGCAGCGUCGUCAGCAAGCGAUCAAACAGUUUUACGACCUACGUCGAGAACAAGAAGUUGCUUUCGAAGAAAUCCAGCGCCACGAAUCUCUCAGGCUGUCUCGACAGCGCGAGGAAAGGAGGCAGCAGGCCGAGUUGCAGCAGAAGAAGCAGGAGGAAGCACAGCGUCGCCUCCAGAAGAGGGAGGAGCGCUUGAAGCGGCAACAGCUGCUGCGGCAGCAACGAGCCGCUGCUGCGGCAGAGUUCAAGACGCAGGAUGCAGAAUGCGAGAGGCUUUCGCCAGAAGAGAGAACCACAAUCUGCCUCAAACUUCCCUCUGGACUGCGAGCAACGCGCGUCUUCCCCAGGGGUGCUUCUCUGAGGCACCUCCACCAGUGGGCUGGCUGCGCUGCGGAGUAUUGCGCGGAAGGGACGCUGGAAGAUGCGGGUCUGUUUCCCAACUGUGUUGUGCUCCUCAUUGAGGUUGAGACAGACGAAGACAGUGACCACGCUUCCUGA